AUUUGAUGAACAGUAAAUAGAAUGCAAUAAUAUGAAAUGACUAAUUGAUAUCUGAUCAUGGUACCGAAUUACUGACCGAAAUCCCCAAAUGGACGUAUAUCAGAAAACAAGACAGUAAAAUAGGGUUUUCAUGUAUUUAUAAAUAUGUAGCUCUAGGUUCUUUCCACUUCAGUAUCGCCUCAUCAAUUUUUUCUCAUGAUAAAUAGUACCAGAUAUGCUCGUUUGUACUUCUGUAAUCAUAAAAAGUUUCGUCUAGAAAAAGCGUAUGAUCAUAUUUUAGAAAUUUGAUUGAUUCUCUUAGAAUCGAGUGUCAGUACUUUAUUAUUCAUACAGUAUGUAAUUAUAGACUUGGGAUUCUGAAGUAUACAAGUUUCUCCAUUUUCAACUACUUUUAAAGAAAUCUUGUGUGUGUAUUGCAUUUUUUGAUCCGUAUGCAUUGUGAUAUACUUAACUUUUGCAGAUCAUGAAUCAAUAUAUUAUACCAUUGGCACAUAACGACCCAAGACUUUUUUCUCAUGUCUCACAAGCCUUUUCCUUGGUUGAUCUUGGCAAGCGUUUACUGGAUGCCGCAAAAAACGGAGAUGUCGAGGAAGUCAAGAAUUUAAUAAAUAAUGGAGCACCGUUUACUACUGACUGGUUGGGAAUAUCUCCUCUCCAUUUCGCUGCUAUGAAUGGACAUCUUAGUUCAUGUGAAGCGCUCCUACGUGCUGGUAUUAGCAGGGACGCUCGGACUAAAGUUGAUCGUACUCCUCUCCAUUUAGCUGCUCAAGAGGGUCACGCAGAUAUUGUGGAGCUUCUGUUGCGUAAUGGAGCGGAUCUUAGUGCUAAGGAUAUGUUACGUAUGACAGCACUACACUGGGCAGCCGAAAGAGGUCAUACACCUGUUGUUCAAAUGUUGAUGCGUUUUGGAGCUGAUGCACAUCUCCAGAACAAAUUCGAAAUGACUCCUUUAGAUAUAGCUGAAUGUAAGCAACACAAUGAUGCUCGGGAUGCUAUGUUAAAUACUCAGUAUGAUUUAGUAUCGUCAGUCGGUCGUAUGGCUGCCACGAAUGGGGAUAUAGUAGGUGCUAACGCAUACAUCUUAACGGAGGAAGAGACGUUAGUUCCAGCUGCUCCUCCAGCUGAUGAGGUGACUGUCACCGCGACAACGGUUGAGGAGUCUUCCAACAUACAAGACUCUGAUAUCUCCGAAACAUUCUCAAAUGGUGGUGAUGCUUCUAAUGAAGAUGAAAAAAUUACAACUCUUACGAAAGUAAAAAGUGGUCACAGUGGUUCUAAUAAACGAAUAUGGAAAACUGAAUUAAGUGAAAAUACAAAUGUUCAUGGUGAAAAUUCGGAAGUCCAAACCACUCCUUAUUCAUUAUCACAGUCAACACAGGCAGAUAAUACAGAUUCUAUUCCGAAUAUUAAAAACAAACCAAAUUUAUCUGGUGAUAUUUUAUUGCCUUUGGAUGAAGAUUGUCCAAGAGAUGUUAUGAUAGUUGAAACUCCGGAUGGUGAAACGCUUUAUGUUCAUCAUCAGUCUAAUGAAGACGGUUCCAGUGGUCUAGUCAUUUUGAAUGACAUAGGUGAACAGGUGAAUAAUCCAAGUUUGAUGGCACAAGUAAUGGACGCGUUAGUCGCUUUGCCAGAAAAUGUAAUCAAUGAAACAUUAAAUGCAGAUAACUCUAACGUAAAUAUUGAAUCGGAGUUAGAUGCUUCAUCACUUCAACGCUUGGAAAAGAGUCCAAAUAACAGAAACCUGAGGUCAAAAUUCAACAAGACAAUCGUUAAUAAUGAUAGGUUUUUUCAAACUAGCACUAAUGGAUGUCAAACUGGAGGUCGACGACUAAGCCCUACGCAUACUAUAGAUAAUGAAGAUGAUGACGAAGAUCUUGACAACGAUGAAUCAGAAUCAUUAGUAGCUCACUUAGCUGCAUUUGCCAACCAGCCUGAAUCCCAACAAACAACUAUCUGUGUAGAAGGAAUGGGAUCUGGUGCUUCAACCCAUGACUUAAUAAUGUGGUGCUUGUACAAUGGAAUAUUUAUUCGUGGCUAUGCAGAUGAACCAACCUUUAUAAUCGAAUUCGUCUAUCAGGGUGAGGCAUACACUCUUUCGGCGUCAUAUGAUUCACAAUCUGGUACUAUCAAUUUCUAUCAUGUGGAGACUAACCAGAAGUUAUAA